UACGGAUAGCAUAACGAAAGCGAACAGCGCACCGGCCAGUCACAACUAAAUGGCCGCGUAGUGCUCUUGUGCGGUUGUGAAUCGAGUACAUAUUAUUCGUCGUAAGACGAAAGUAAUUUCGCGCGUGUACACUAACUACGUGAAAGUUAUCAACCCGGAUGAAAUCGUCGUGAUGAGAUCGAAAAAAUCCGUGCCCAGUGGAUGACACGCGGCUUGAUUCCGAAAUCGAAAGAACAUAUUGAUGUAGAAAACUUAGUGCAAUUAUUUAUCAGUAGCCUUACAGGCUGUAAAUGAAUUAUCAGGAAAUCACAGAGUGAUCUCUCUAUAAAGUUUGACUUAUUUUAUAACUGUAUUAAAUGCGUAUCGUUACAUGAGCUUUAGUGUUUAUGAAUUUAUGGAUUUUUUAACAAGUGCUCGUGUGAAGAGAAUUGCAAAUAAACAAUGACGCCGGGUGUGAAGGAAGGACAGUGCAUGGAACUGAGUAACAACAAUAUUACUCCCUUGCUACCAAGGACAUCAGUUUGUUUGGAGUUUAAGAACAUAACAUGUUCGAUUAAAACUUUCUCCAUCAGCAAAUUCCGGUUAGAAACUAGGAAUAUUUUAAAGGGUGUAAAUGGAUGCUUUAAACCGGGACAGCUCACGGCCAUCAUGGGUCCAUCCGGUGCUGGAAAAACGACUCUGCUGAACAUUCUAGCCGGGUAUUCAACGAAAGGAGCGAAAGGCGAAAUAACAGUGAACGGCGUGUGUACAUGCGCGUCGCAGUCCACCGGACGAGGGGGCGCGAGAUAUAUCCGCCAGCACGAUGAUCUCCGCGUACACCUUACCGUUUAUGAGUCCAUGUCUCUCGCCGCAGCUCUUAAACUGGCCGAUUUCAAGUCACAAGAACGCAAAGAGAAAGUAUUGGAAGUGUUGGCACUUUUGGGUCUUAGUAAAACUUCUCGGACACUUUGCAGAGAUCUAUCCGGUGGUCAAAAAAGGAGACUAGCUGUGGCUCUUGAGCUAUUGUCUGACCCAUCAUUAUUGUUUCUUGAUGAACCAACUACUGGAUUAGAUUCAUCAGCAUCGACAUCCCUAAUUGCCCUUCUCAACGGCUUAGCACGUGGAGGCCGAACGCUAGUGGCCACAAUACAUCAACCCUCUGCACUCCUGUUCGAUAAGAUUGACUCUAUCUACUGUUUAACAUCUGGGAAUACGCUAUACUCUGGACCACGAAUGUACCUCCUCGAUUCUCUGGCCAGCGCUGGUUUAAGAUGUCCACCAUAUCAUAACCCAGCUGAUUUCUUAAUGGAAGUAGCUUCUGGUGAAUAUAAUAUUGAUCUUAACGGGGCUGCUAAAGCGAUGCUUCAGUACAAGCCCGAAUCUACCUCCAAGGAAUGGGAAGAUGUGCCAGUUAUAUCAACGUUCUCUAAUGCACUCAGUAUGGAUACAGAAAUGAAAGACAAACAACUACGAAGCGACAAGAAAUAUCAACAGAACUAUUCAAACAGACCAUCUGGAUACUUCAAACAGACGUGGAUUCUUCUUUAUAGAAAUUACUUAAUAACAACGAGGAAUUACUCUCUAUUCCUGUAUCGAGUGGCAGCUCACGUAGUAAUCGCCCUAAUAUUUGGAUAUUUGUACUCGGGAGUUGGCAGCGAGGCCAGCAGUGUCCUUGGAAAUUAUGUCUACUUGUACGGCUCGAUGUUGCUCGUGGUUUAUACGGGAAAGAUGUCUGUUACAUUGUCGUUUCCUCUGGAGAUGGAUAUAUUAAAAGGCGAAUACUUCAACCGAUGGUAUAAUUUAGGACCUUAUUUAUUUUCAAUAUUAGCAGUGGAGUUACCAUUCCAGAUGAUAUCAUGUGUAUCGUACGUCGUCUUGUCCUACUGGCUAACUGACAACCCGCUUGAAUCGACAAGAGCAACGCUAUUUCUUGCCACAAUAGUGGCUACUUCGCUCUGUGCUCAAGCAUGGGGAUACUUUAUAGGAUCUACUACACCCACAAAGAUUGCUGUUUUCAUAGGCCCAGUACUCGCCUGUCUAUUUUCCAUAUUUGGUUUCUGCUUAUCGUUACGUGACACGCCAUACUCGUUCCGAUGGCUCCACCAUAUCUCCUACUUCAGAGCCGGCUUUCACGUCGCUGUGCACUCCAUAUACGGUUUUAAUAGAACAAAAAUGCACUGCGCUAAAGAGUAUUGCCACUAUAUAACGCCAAGCAAAUUCCUCGUUGAAAUGGACAUGGCUACUAUAGACGUUGGUGUUAAUAUGGCAAUCGUGCUUACCACCACCGUUUUGAUGCAUAUAUUGACAUGUACGACGCUCUGGUACCGACUUAACAAGAGAUGAAGCCCUAAGUUCGUGGCGGAUUUAACUUGAUUUAUAAUUUAAUUUAUGUUUAGAUAAUAAUAAUUUAAAUGUGAUAAACUCAAAUAAUAUAUACGGGAUAAAUACCUCAAAUAUUAUCUUAAGACCUUGGUAAUUAUUAUGGUAGUAGAAGAUAAAAUAAAAAUGGUAAAAACACAUUAAUAAACACACGUAUAACACAGGGACACAAAAUUAGAUGGAAACUAGCCUGGUGAUGAAAUUAUCAAUUUUCUAAAUAGGGAUAUAAGAUAUUUUAUGUUUUGUGUAUAUUUUCCUUUCCAAUUUGAAUAUAAAACAGUUUUAUACAAUAAUAUAAUGAUUGAAGAAAUAUAUUAAAUCUUGUUCAAAAAAUGUGAUGAACAUUUAUAUAAUACGUAGAUUUUCACACUAAUAUAAAUUCAUUUGGUGUGAGGGGUUAGAUUUAGUGAUAUUUAUAAUUUAUAUUAACAUCAUUUCUUAAUAAUCAUAAUUUAUGUACUUACAGAAUGUUUCAAAGCUUUAUCGAAGUUAAAUUUACCAGUUAGUAGAUUAAGAUUUAAUUUUAUAAUAUAUGCCAGUAAUUUUAAUACGAUUACAACAGAAUGACAGUUUGACAGUUUUAAGCAAAUUAUAUUCAAUUUCAAAAUUUUGUUUCAUUCUUUUGUCAAUCCUAACUAAUAUUAUAAAUACGAAAGUAAGUUUGUUUGUUACGCUAUCACGUCGUAACUAUUCAAUCGAUCUAAAACUAAUUGCAUAUAAAUAUGUUUACACUUAAAUGAUAUUGCAAUUUGUAUCGGAUACUUUUUUUUGAUGUUGACAUAGCUGUAGCUGUAGGUCUAUUCUGUAAGAACAAACUCGAAACUGAAAAAAAAUUGAGAAACGUCAGAAAGUGAUAUGAGACAUUUACCAUAAUAAUUAUAACAUUUCAAAUAAGUCAAUAUUUUACAGGUGAUUAAUGAAGUGAGUUCUUACAGAAUAGCACUGCUGGACGUCAUUAAUAUGUUUUGUUCAUAAUACAUAACGAUAAGAUUAGAUUUAAGAGAGACUAGGCGAAGUGUAAUCGACAAUUGUCGAAGCGAUUUCGUCCAAAUGCUAUUUAUUUGGACAUAUGCAUAUGUAAUUUUCAUCCACUUUGGUGUUUUCUACGAACAAUUCAAUUGCUAUAGGAUUUUGUCGAUAUAUAGGAAUAGAUAGCCGUUUUCUCGUUCCAGCACUUAGUAAAAACUAAAAAUAGUAUCAAAUUAUUUGCAAACUUAUCAAACUUUCGUCAAAAUAAUCCUAAAAACGAAGACAAACGAUGAGGCAGAAUCCAAAGUACUGCAUUAUAACUAGACACACAUAUGUAAUUGUAAUUGGUCUAUAAACAAACAUAACAUCAAUUUUAAUUCAUAAAACAAUUUUGACAAAAAUGGCUGAGUAACAAAGAGUCCUGGAUUUACAGUUGUUGCUUAACGUAUGUAGAGUAUGUAAACUCAGGUUUGCCAUAUUUUAAGUACAAGCAAAUCUUAUUAAAGACUACGUCGAAAACAUAAAAAUAUUAAAAUAUCAUAUAAAAUACUGGUGCUAAUAAGCUUUUGACGAAAUAUUUUAACAUCAAAAAUAUAUUUCAUUAAAAAAAGAAAUUU